AUGUAUCACAUAAAUGAAGACUGUUUUUUCAUUUUGUCGUGACAUUGAAAUGUAACAGAGCAUUGGCAUAGGGCAGAGGCCUAAAAACUCAUGUUGACAUUGCAUAUUUGCAGUACAAGUUUUGCUGCGGCUCUUCGAGAUGCUGGAGUUCAAUCUGAGGCAAUUCUCUACGAGGAGAAGACACACACAGAUCUGUUUCUUCAGGACCCUAUGAGAGGUGGAAAUGAUGAUCUGUUUGAAGAUUUGAUAAGACUGAUUCACGGCGACGAUGCUGAAGCUCUGGAGAGAGACGUGACAGCACCUCCACGGCGACGCCUAGUGCCUGAAUGUAUGUUGAGAUUAGCCCGGAAAGUCAGUCCUUUUUGAUCAUUUUUAGAGUUCAGUUCAUUUUAAGCAAAGGAUAGCAUUAUUUAAUGCUUUGUUGUUUAUUGCAUAUAGGUUAGUGAUGACCCAUUUCAUUUCUACUAAAUUACUAUAUUAUGGUUUAAUUUA